AGGAAUGCGAAAAUAUGGCCAUCCCCGGUGAUUCAUGCGACGAGAACGAUAACGCAUGCGCGGGCUACUAUGAUCGGGUCCCCAAAAAUCAGUGGAUUUUCGACGAAGAAUUCGGCUUGCUGCGGAAGACUCGCAAAACGUUUGCCAAAAGCAAACUGGCAGAUAUGCGGAAGGCCGCAGAGCGCUGCCAUCCACGAUUUCUUCUCGAUUUCUUCCCGAUACUCAAAUGGCUACCGCAUUACAAUAUUAAAGAGAAUCUCUUCAAUGAUAUCAUUGGCGGCUUGACUGUUGGCAUUAUGCACAUUCCACAAGGAAUGGCUUACUCCUCGUUGGCUGGCGCUAAGCCAGUAAAUGGUCUCUAUACCUCGUUGUUUCCCGCAAUCUUAUAUAUGAUCUUUGGAACAUCAAGACAUGUUUCUCUAGGUGUAUUCGCCGUAGUAAGUUUGAUGUCUGGUAGCUGCAAUCAGCGCGUAUCAAGUAUCUUGGAAAAAGAGCUAUAUAACGAAACUGAGUUAAGAAGCUUAGAUGAAGAUAUGAGGAUGCAGACAUCAUUGACAAUAUUAACCUCUCUUACUCUCUGUGUUGGUAUAAUUCAGAUUGCAAUGGCUUUGCUUCGACUCGAUUUUCUCACUGCAUUAUUAUCGGAUCAAAUCAUCGCCGGGUUUACAACGGGAGCAUCAGUGCAUGUAUUUACUGCUCAACUUGAUAAAAUCUUAGGUGUUCCUCUGCCACGUCGUUCUGGAGCUGGAAAACUAUUUCUCAUGUACAAGGACUUACUCAAUAGUAUUUUUGCUGGUAUGGCAAACUGGUUCACUUUUGCUCUAUCUCUAAGUACAAUUGCUACUCUUUUCUUCAUCAAAUCUUAUAUAGAUCCAAUGAUUAAGAAAAGAUGUCGCAUACCAAUUCCUUAUGAUCUGUUUGUGAUGAUCAUCGGUACAAUCGUCUCAUACGUUGUGAAUCUGAACUCUCGAUUUGGUGUGAAGAUUGUAGGACACAUACCCACAGGUCUACCAUCACCAUCACUACCUGGCGUUUCACUGUUCGGUUACAUAAUCGGCGAUGCCUUCGCUAUCGCAGUGGUAAGCUUCGUGGUUACUGUAUCGAUGGGAAAACUAUUUGCGAAAAAGCACAACUACGAAAUCGACGUUAGGCAGGAAUUCUAUGCUAUGGGAUUUAUGCAAAUCUUCUGCUCCGCAUUUCCCGUCUGGCCAGCAUCAACAGCAUUAGCUCGAACGCUUGUCUACGAAGCUGCCGGAACAAAAACACAACUCGCCACAGUCUUCUCUUCUAUACUACUGUUAGCAGUUAUAUUCUUCAUCGGGCCAUUCAUUGAAGUACUGCCGGUGUGCUUCCUAUCAUGUAUCAUCAUAGUAGCCCUGAAAGGAAUGUUUAUGCAGCUAGGAACCAUAAAAACAUUAUGGUCAAUGUCAAAAAUAGACUGUGCAAUUUUUGUGGUGAGUUUUGCUGCUACAGUGCUCUACGACGUAAUCGAGGGACUCAUGAUCGGCGUAGUUUUUGCUGCUGCUCUGCUCAUAUUCGGCAUUAUGAACUCAAAAGUAGUCGAAAUUGGUCGAUUAAGCCACAAUGAGGGUAAGACCUACUUCCAGCCCAUUGAAAAGUACAGAGACGCUGCUAUUCGCGACGGAGUGUGCUGCGUUAGAUUCUCAGCUCCUCUUGUAUAUAUAAACGCGGAACAUUUCAAAAAAGGUGUUGAGAGUAUAGUACAAUUACCAGCACUGGAGCGAAGGAGACUGGAAGAUCUCAGUGAACGUGAAAAGUCUCUCAGGGACAGCCAAAAAGAUUCUGUGUGUACACUACGUAGUGCAGCAAUAGUAGCACCAGACUUACUUGAAAAAAAAAUUUCGUUUACCGAAGUGAAACAUGAACCCGUAAGAGCGGUAGUGAUUGACUUGUCUACAGUACCUCAUGUGGACGUUACGGGUGCAAAGUGCCUCAUCGAUAUAUUCAAGGACCAGCGAAUCAAAGGAGUCAACGUGCUUUUUGCAGCUGCCACAUUGGAAGUUCUGGGGCGGUUACAAUGCGUGCUUGAUUCUGCAGACACGGAUAUUCUUUCAUACUUCUAUCCAUCUAUCGAUGAUGCACUCAAUAAUGUCGAUCCGGAGCCAGCCACAAAGGGUUAAACGCAAUUAUUUAUAUGAAAACGUGUAUGAACUUUGAACGAGUUCCAUUGUUGUGAUUUUACUUGCAAUUUAGCGAUAGAGACGGAA